AUGGAGGAGGACGAUCGGUCGAUCGCGGCGCCCGAGGGGAAGAACAAGGCGAUCGACUACGACAAGCUCGAGAGGGACGUGGACCACCAGCGAGAUGUGGCUCUCAAGGAGGGGAGGCUGACUGAAGCUCUUGACGCGUUGCUGGGCUUGGAGAAGCAGAUGCGCCUGGCUGCUGACGUGGUGGGGACACGCACGGUGGCGGUUGCCAUUCUCAAGGUCUGCCACGAGGCAGCUGCGUGGAAGCUUCUCAACGAGCAAAUUGUGGCGCUGUCGAAGCGCCGAGCGCAGCUGAAGCAGGUCGUGGCGGCGAUGGUGCAGGAGGCCAUGAAGUACGUGGAUGACGCACCUGAUGACGUCAUCCGCGAGGAGCUUAUCAAGACGCUCAGUGGGGUUACAGCCGGCAAGAUCUACGUGGAGAUAGAGAGGGCGCGCCUGGUGAAGCGCCUGGCACAGCAGCUCCUCCCAUAUGCUGCUGUAUUCGUCCGCUCACCUCCCUGCCUCUCCGUCUCCCUCUCCUGCCUCUCCCUCCAUUCUCCCUCUUCUCCACCCCUCCUCCCCCCUCAGAUCUACGUGGAGAUAGAGAGGGCGCGCCUGGUGAAGCGUCUGGCGCGUAUGAAGGAGGCGGAGGGCAAGGUGAAGGAGGCGGCAGAGAUCAUGCAGGAGGUGGCGGGCAAGGUGAAGGAGGCGGCUGAAAUCAUGCAGGAGGUGGCGGGCAAGGUGAAGGAGGCGGCUGAAAUCAUGCAGGAGGUGGCGGUGGAGACGUUUGGAGCCAUGGCAAAGACAGAGAAGAUCGACUUCAUCCUAGAGCAGGUGAGCGUUCAGUCUGCGCUCAAGCAGGUCCGCCUGCGUCUGAAUUCUUUUGACUUCAUGCAUGUGCAUAUCAGAUCUUUUCAAUUCAACCCCUCUCAUCCUCCCACCCGUUCUCCCAGAUCCCAGGUCCGCCUGUGUCUGGAUUCAGAUGACUUCAUGCGAGCGCAGAUUCUUGCCAAGAAGAUCAGCCCGCGUGCAUUCGCCUCCGAGACCGUGGAGGCUGCUGAGAAGGCCAAGGCGGCAGAGGCGGCAGCAGCAGCGGGUGGUGGGGAGGGGAAGGAGGAGGGGAAGAAGAAGAGGAAGGGGCCCAAGGAGGAGGGGGAGAUCCAACCCGCUGCUCCUGAUGUGCCCACGCUGGUGGAGCUGAAGCUCAAGUUCUACGAGCUCAUGAUCCGGAAGCAUAGGAAGGGGCCCAAGGAGGAGGGGGAGAUCCAGCCGGCUGCACCUGAUGUGCUUACGCUGGUGGAGCUGAAGCUGAAGUUUUACGAGCUCAUGAUCCGGGCGUGGACUGGUGAGGUGCAACCAGGUGAUGAUGCUAGCAUGUGGACUGAUGAGGUUCUACGAGGUGAUGAUGCUGUGAAUAAGAGGACGAGGAAGAAGCGGAAGGGGCCGAAGGAGGAGGGGGAGAUUCAGCCGGCUGCGCCUGAUGUGCCGACGCUGGUGGAGCUGAAGCUCAAGUUCUACGAGCUCAUGAUCCGCUACCACACAAACGCGAACGACUAUCUGGAGAUUUGCCGGUGCUACCAGAACAUAUACGACACACCUGCAGUCAAGGCCGACCAGGAGCGCUGGAUUCCGGUGUUGAAGCGCAUCUGCUGGUAUCUCGUGCUGGCGCCUCACGGCAGCAUGCAGUCGUCUCUCCUCCACUCCACCUUUGCUGACGCUCACCUCCUCGACCUCCCCAAGUUCCGCACUUUCACCUACUCUCACCUCACCACCCUGCACGGGAGCAUGCAGUCCUCUCUCCCCCUCUCCAUCUUCGCUGAUCUCUCCCCUCUCUCACCUUACCCCAAGUUUCAAAAUCUGUCAACUACACCUGUGGUUACUGAUAUCAGUCCACUAAAAACUGCUCUCACCCGCUUUCACCCCCUCUCACCGCUCUGCACCGCGCGGUCUCCUCCACUCCACUCACGAUUCAUCCUCCUUGACGUUCCGAAGUUCCAGCCGCAGCUGGUUUUUGAUAAGCAGCUGCAGGCUGAUUACAGCGCGGAGGAGGAGGAGAAGGGACAUUGUCUUCCCCCAAACCCCUUCUCACCGCUCUGCACCUCCUCGACUCGACCUCCCCGACGCACUGCUGAAGCUGUUCAUAACAAUGGAGGUGGUGGGGUGGGGUGGCCGCAGCUGCAGGCGGAGAGACUGCCUGCGGAGGGACUGCCAGUGAUCCUCGCUCCCUACUCACGUGCCCAUCACCCCACACACACCCCCCUUUUUUAUCCCCCUCACAGCGCGCUGCUGAAGCUGUUUAUAACGAUGGAGGUGGUGGGGUGGCCGCAGCUGCAGGCGGAUUACAGUGCGGAGAUGCAGGAGGAGAAGCCCACCGUCUUCCUCAAAGACUCGGCUCUUGAGGACCUGCGCCUGCGCGUCAUUCAGCAUAACAUCCUGGUGGUGUCCAAGUACUAUGUGCGCAUCACCAUUGCCUUGUCUUCCUUUUCCCCUAAAAUCCCCCUCCCCCACCCCUCAUCGUCACCCCGUCAGAACAUCCUGGUGGUGUCCAAGUACUAUAACAUCCUGGUGGUGUCCAAGUAUUAUGUGCGCAUCACCAUGGCACGGCUUGCUCAGCUGCUCUCCCUCACUGUCCAGGAGGCGGAGAAGUUUCUAUCAGACAUGGUGGUGGAGAAGGUACUGGUGGCUAAGAUCGACCGGCCGGCGGGGAUUGUCACGUUCGGCGAGAGGCAGGAGAGUGGAGUGCAGCUGCUGGAUAAAUGGGCGAGUGACAUUGCGAAGCUGCUUGACCUUGUGGAGACGAGCUGCCAUCACAUUCACAAGGAGGCGAUGGUGCACAAGGUGGUGCUUAAAACAUGA